AUGGCAGCUAAUAAUCAACCUCUGCCUCCUCCAACACCUGCAGCGGAGUUGAUGGAGUCAAUUCUGGCUCCUAUGUUCACAAGGUCGAACUCUAGUGUCGUCCGGCCACAGAUAGAGGCCAACAAUUUCGACAUCAACCCGUUUCUGAUUAACCUGGUGGAGAAGAACCCUUUCGGUGGAGAGGAUUACGAAGAUCCUCACGACUUCAUGGACAGAUUUAUGAGAAUCUGUGACACCACCAAGCAUCAUGGAGUGUCUGACGAUGCAAUCAGACUCCGGCUGUUUCCUUUUGCCUUAACCAGAAAAACCCUAAGAUGGCUAGACCGACUAGCACCUAACAGUAUCCGAACAUGGGACGAUCUAGCAGCUAAGUUCUUUGCUGAGCAUUUUUCUCGGGAAAAGUACAACAAGUUGGUGAACGAGAUCACCAACUUCAUUCAGCAGUCGGGAGAGACUCUCUAUACAUCUUGGGCCAGAUUCCAAGAACUGAUCAGAAAGUGUCCUCAAUAUGACUUUCCAGAUGAGAAGAAGGUCAGAGUCUUCUAUAAUGGGAUGACACCAAAAACCAGGAUGGUUGUCAAUGGAGCAGCUGGUGGAACCAUCGGUAAGAAGACAGCAGCUGAGACCCUGGAACUGAUUGAUUACAUGGCACAGAAUGAUAAUGCUUCGACGGAAGUUCAUCCAGUUCAGCCCACUCAACCCAAGAGGGGAAUUCUGCAACUGGGGAACAAUGAUGCGUCACUAGCUGAGCAAAAGAUGAUCUCACAACAGCUAGCCAGUCUGAACGCCAAGCUAGAUAGAAUGCAAAUCUCAUCUAAAGUUAAUGUAUUCAACUGUGAGUACUGCAAAGAGCCACAUGAGACUAAUGAGUGCACUACAUUCAAUGGAGCUGAACCAUUCCAAGGCCACCACAGGAUACCCAAAGUUACCAGAGAAAUCAGAAUGGAGGCCAAGGGAACAAUUUUCAAAGGAGGAAUCAAGGGAGCGGAUGCUUCCAUCCGAAACUUGGAGAGUCAAAUAGGCCAGUUGUCUAGGCAGUUGGCUGAAAGAGCUCAAAGACAGUUCCCAGGAGAUACAAUUGUGAAUCCAAAGGCAGACUGCAAGUCCAUUGUGACUAGGAGUGGAAUUGUAAUCACUCCUAAAAAAAAGCCAAAAUUGGUUCAGCAUGAGAAAGAAGAAGAAGCACCUACGAGUGAAAAAGAAGAACCUGUAAGGCAAGACAAAAUAGAAACAAAGAAGGAAGCUGUGGAAGCUCCAAAGAAACUGAUGGAUUAUUCUCGUUUUGAGAAACCUCUUUAUCCCAUACAGCUCAAACAACAGGCACAGAAGCAACAAUAUGGCAGGUUCUUAGAAAUGUUUAAAAAGCUGCAAAUUAAUAUUCCUUUUGCUGAGGCUUUAGCUAACAUGCCUAAUUAUAAGUUCCCACCAAAGCUUCAAGAUCCUGGGAGUUUCAACAUCGCAAUUGCGGUAGGCAACACUAAUGUUGGCCGGGCACUAUGUGAUCUCGGAGCAAGCAUCAACUUGAUGCCAUUAUCAAUAUGCAAGUCAUUGGGAAUUACUGAGUUGAAGCCAACCAUGGUCUCUCUACAGCUCGCUGACCGUUCUUUGAGGAGACCUAAUGGAAUCAUACAAGAUGUUCUUGUUAAAGUUGACAAGUUCAUCUUCCCGGGUGAUUUUAUCGUGCUAGACAUGGAGGAAGAGGGUGAAAUGCCCCUUCUGUUGGGUAGACCGUUCUUGGCCACAGCUCGAGCUAUGAUUGAUGUGGUUAUGGAAAAGAAAAGUGAUUAUCAAGAGCUUGAAAAAGAAUUGCAGGCUCUAGAUGAAGCUUGCUCCAGAAGAAGAGCGAGCAACUGUCUUUGA